AAGGCAUAGUUGAGAUUUUCACAAGGCAGAAAAUAGCUGUACAUUUAAUUAUCAACAUAAAAAUUGUGAAAAUCAAUAACAAAACAAAAAUAUAAAGUAAAGUACCAAUAAUUGCAAUAAAUGACGCACUGAAUUGUUUGAUUUAGCGAAAAAUGAAAGUAUAUUAUUGGAAAUUAUUUAAUGUGAUAAUUGUUUUCAAAAUUCGAUAAUAGCAACGGUUGGCUGUGUUAUUUGUACUCGAUUCGGGAAUCGGGCGCACCACCCACCCAAAUGUUGUAAUUUACCUACAAUUCUCUUAUAGACUAACACCUCAAUUGUAAAAGUGAUUGCGAUUCGUCAUCAUCGAUCAGAUCAAAAAAGACGGCGAUUGAAUCUGAAUAAUAUUAAUUGCUUCUGUGUAUUUUCAGCUCAAGAAUACGAACAAAAAGAUAAACUUGUGUUGCAUUCUUAGACUAUUAGAUAUAAUCGAGCAAUCAUUUAUGUUAGAAAGAUGUAAAUAAAUAAUAUUCGACCAACCCAUGGAAAAACAGCUAAGUAUUGCAUUGUAGUUUUCAAUUUUCUUGUUUUACCUACUGGAUUCCUUGGGUAUUGUUCAAAACGAAACGCGGCCGUCCCUUAUACUACGCACCUACAUAUCUACCUGGAGUAGUUUUCUUGCAUACAUACACAUGUAUGACCUUUCACACACCGCUUAAAUUUAGCCAUCUGCAAGUAAAGAAACGAGUACAAACGGACGACAACUCUCGUACUCGAAUAUACAGAAAAUCUAAAACGUUUUCGAUUUUAAAGGAGUAAAAAUAGAAGACAUUUACGUUAAAUAUAUUCACCGGUAGACAUAUCCCCGAUAUUGAGACAUGGAUGAUAACCUUAGUACGAAAUCUUCUGAAUCCUCACUAACCACUAGUGGAGAGUAUGAAAUUGUUUCUGAUAGCAAUAUUACAACACCAAUAGACCAGCAGCAUUUGUCAGAGAAUGGUACACUUUUAAUAAUACCGACAAACAACAAAUCACCAACACUGAAUUUAGCUAAUAAUCGUAAUAUUGCUGAUUUACAACAUGCUAUGACGGACGCUCUGCGUGAAAUAGAUUUAAAUUCAGACACUUCUUCAACUGCACCCAAAGCGGUAGCGUUGAGUAAACAAAAAUCUCUGACAUUACCAUUGGCUGGUACUUCGAGCCCGGCACUGCUGGUUCCAGACAACGAACAGCAACAGUUAGUUCUACCGAAGACCGCAAUGAAGUCACAAUCAUUAAACCGCCACCACACAGAUUAUGCUAUGACACCAAAAAGCGAUGACGCGUCAACUUCCGAACAAAAUCGAGUUGGCCAAUCGGUAUUUUAUGACUGCAUUGAUGCAAGUCCAGGUGGGGUUGGUGGUGGUGUCGAAGAGAAACAAGACAUCAUGAAGCCGGAGAAAAAUGAUACCGACGAAGAAGUUUCAGAUAUCGAUCAGGGUUGCACUAUAUUUUCCGGUGUCACAUAUCUUGGAGCUGCAAACAUAAAUGCUCCCAAAUCCGAAAUCGACAUAUACCGAAUAAUGAAUGAACUGAACAGUAAUUCGGAGUCAGUGGGUCUUAAAAUAUCAGUGAGCAUACCGAAUUGCUCCGAUGGGCUGGUUGUCUUGCAUGACGCUGAAACCAACUCUGUCAUCGCAACCUACGAGAUACAAAGCAUAAUUUUAUACUUUCGUGGCCCUGUAGAAACUCCUGAAAAUGGUUGCUUUGCAUUUACUUGGUUACAUGGCGAUGCGCUUUUUCAAUGCCAUGUUUUUCGUUGCCAUAUCCCAGAAGCGGUUAAUCAAGUCAGCGCUUGCUUUCAAAAGGCUUUUCGUACAUAUCCGCCAAGCAUGACUUGCAGUUUGACAUCUGCCAUCGACAGUAAUAUGAUGAACUCUGUGACAUCUGAUGUUAGUGGAAAUCCGCUAAAUACAGCCGGCUAUGAAUUUAUUGUAUCCCUGGAAAUACGUGAAAAGGUCGCAAAGAACUCAUUUUCGGCCGUACCACGCGAUCGCAAUUGCUUCAAGUUACGUGCUAACAUUGACAAAGAAGUUAUCAUUACCGUGAAGCAAACACCUUCAAAUAUACUACAACCUCUGUUCAUAGAACGCUGCUUUGGUGUACUAUUAAGCCCCGGUAAAUUAGUGCGUCAGGGCGAUAUGCAAUUGAUUGAUAUGGUAAAUAUGAGCUAUCAGUCGCCUACCAACACUGCAGGCGGUGGUAACGCUAAUGCUGCAACGACAGUCGGUGUCGGUGCCGGUGACAAUACCGGUGGUUCUGGCGCCCCGCCUCUAUGCCUUUAUCCUUAUGUUAUACGCGCUGAAUGGAAGGCCAAUGAAGCUGCUUUCGAACAACUCAAUGUUGAAGCGUCAAAGAAUUUUCUGACUGUAGCGGUGGAUAUAGUGGUGCGUGGAAUUCGCGACCCUGUACGUUUUGUUAUUGAGACUCCCGUUGUAAUACAAUCGGCUAGUGAGAUACGCAUAAUGGACCAUUUUAUAUCUAAACGCCCAAUGACUUUGCGCUUCUAUUUACAAUUAGAACGGACAACCGAUGAGUUCAGUUGGAAAGUGAACUCAAUUGAUCCGUCUGAAGAAAUCAAUGAACCACAACAACCAAGUUCAUUGUUGAAAUUUGGAAUGAACAAUUUAUCACGCAUUGUGCGAUCAUCAUCGAUUGUAUCUAUAGAGGAUGAUUGUCCUACCGAUUAUAGUUCAGAUGGUGAUGAACCUUUAUUGAGUGGUACAGGGGAGGUCUCCAAAGACUGUUCACAGGACAAACUAGAUGAAUGGGAUCCAAUAUUAAAAGAAUGGGAUAGUGAAAAAAGACCAAAAAACUUGGCUGCUUUGGUACGUUUGGGAAUACCGGAAGCUUUACGCGAAAAAAUAUGGCAGAAACUGGCAAAUGUUGAGGGCCAAACUGAAAUGCUUGACAUGUAUAAGAUUUUAAUAACCAAAGAAACCAAAUGUGAAACUGUAAUACAACGGGAUAUACAUAGAACAUUCCCGGCACAUAAAUGCUUCAAAGAGAGCGGUGGUUCUGGACAAGACUCACUUUUUAAGGUCUCAAAGGCAUACGCCGUUUAUGACAGUGAAGUCGGUUAUUGCCAGGGCUUAAGUUUUAUAGCCGCAAGUCUCUUGUUACAUAUGCCCGAGGAAGAUGCAUUUUGUGUAUUGGUGGCUCUUAUGUACGAUUAUGGCCUUCGUGAUUUAUAUAAGCAAGGAUUUGAAGUACUUUAUUUACGACUCUACCAACUUGACCGUUUGAUCAAAGAUCAAUUGCCUAAAUUACAUGAACAUUUUGCAGCUUGUGGCAUUGAGACACACAUGUACGCUUCGCAAUGGUUUCUCACACUCUUCACAGCCCGUUUCCCAUUAUGUUUCGUAUUUCAUGUACUCGACGUAUUCCUGCUAGAUGGCGUACCAUUGCUUUUUCAGGUUGCUGUGACACUGCUAUCUAUUUGCGAGGCUGACUUGCGUCAACUUGAUUUCGAAGGCAUACUAAAAUAUUUCCGUGUAACAUUACCGAAGAAAUGCCGCAGCCCUAGUCAGGCGCGCCGUGUUAUGAAAAUGGCCUGUGAACGGAAAAUUAAGAAAUUAAAACAGUACGAGGAGGAAUUCCAAUUGAAAAAGCAACACAAAGAACGUCUGGAAAAAGAGGCACAAAUUUACGAAAAUCGUUUUGGCGAAGAGAGACGUAAAUUGCAAGCGGAAAUUGAUGAACUCCAAAAAAAAUUGAUUGAGGCUAAUGAAAGAGCAAUAGAAAAAGAAAGAAAACACACAGGUAUCAUACAGGACUAUAAACUAAUAAUACAGCGCUUGGAAAAUGACAUUACCAAUUUAAAUGAGACGCUAGGAAAUGUAAUGAAUAUAGUAUCGAAGUGUAAGAAUUGUGUACAAAAAAUGGAAAAUGCCGAUCGUAGUGUGAGAUUGCCAGCUGAAGUGAGCAGAAAUAGUGGUUUAAAAAUAACGCAACAGAGUUGUAAUAAGCAAGAGAACGAAGCACCACUAGGUCCACUUGAUCCCAUAAAUAUAGCAACUCAACGUAUCCGUGAAUUAGAACUGGAACUGGCACAAGCUAAGUUAGCACACGUCGAAGCUGAAUGUCGUAAUCAAGAUUUGAAUCAUCAGCUUAGCGCCACCAUUACUGAAAUGCAUUCUAACCGAAACAGUUGGCAACCAUGGUUGUCAAAGACACUCAACUCACUGCAAGAGAAGGUAACUACACGUGGCAGUCGCGACCCAGUUUUGCCAACAUUCCAAUCCUACACCCAACAUGCAUCUGCUGGUGCAUCAGCGGCUGGUAGCGAAACUAAUUCACCUAGCAGUAAUCAGGAGUUUAAAGCAUUCUCAGUGGGAGGUUCGCCGAAAUUGCCAGCGAAAUUUCAGACCGUCAAACUUCGCAAUAGCAUCGACAGUUUACGCAACAUUGUAGUGCCACUGGAGAGCAGCGCUGGGCGUAUUGUUGGCAUUGGGGCUGGAGCUAGUGUUGAUGUAGGUGUGGGUGCAGCUGAUCAAUUCCGACAGCACCUGCAGCCACAAUCAUCGCUUAUUUAAAUAUCGACAUAAUUAAAAGGAAAAUAUAAAUUUAAUUAACGGACAUUUUUGAGUAAUGUGUAACUGUUGCUUAGCAAUGGAUGCAACUCACACAAUGCUAACUAUCAGACAUACAUACAUACAUAUAUACAUGAGCAGAACGGUACUGUGUGCAAAACAUUGCAAAAAAAAAAAAUAAUUAAAUGUUGUGGCUUCGUACACUGAAUUUCAAUAUUUCGUCUUCAUAAGUUAGAGCAAUUUUCUGGAAAAGUUGUUAUUUUUUUUACUUCAUGCUUACUUUAUUAAGUUUGCUUUAUAUACAUAGGUAAUAGUGCAAUAUUUUUAAAUAUUUUUUUUUUGUGUUUGAGGGAGAUCAAAUAUGUAUUUUUAUAUAAAAUAUUUGAAAAUUAGUGGAAACCAAUAUUCAGCAAACGAUUAAAUUGAAUAGGUAUGCUAAUUGUCUUAGUAGAUAUUCAACUCCAUUUUGUUUUUUUUCUUUUGUGGAAAAUAUAAUACAUACAAUUUUCUGAACAGUUAUACAAAGACACUCGAAUAUUAUGUAGUAAUCAUUUGCUUUAAUAACUUGUUGAAAAGAGGAUUUUAUAUUCCAUAAAUUUGCCAUUUGCGUUUAGACCAAUGAUUUAAUAUAGUAAAUUUUUUUGCAUUAGUAUUUACACCAUGCAAAAUAUAUGUAUGUAAAUAUGCAAAUGCCACAUAUGAAGGCAUAUGCACUUUAAUAAAUAACUAUAUAGAUACAAUGGAGUGGAAUUUGUUAAAAAAAAACAAUAAUGACAAAGUGUGGGUAUUAUUAAUUAUAUAACCUAUAUAUAUGUAUUUACGUGCUUUCUACACAUCCAUUGUUUUGUGUGGUGUUUUAUCAAUUAAAAAAAUAUUAUUUAUACUUAUAUAUUUAUAUGAAUUAUUUUGCAGUAUGAAAUUACAGACAAUACGUAAUUACACGGUAUAUUUAAUACACAUACAUACAUACAUAUGUAUAUGUAUAUGUAUAUCUUUUCGGCGUAACACGCAGCUUCGUAUGCUUCUGGUUAUCGGGUGAAACCUGCGAUACAAAAUUAAAUAUAAAACGAAAGCUUUCAUAACACAUUUGAACCAUUUUGUCGUAGACCAGGAUAGAUAAUAUUUGAAAGCAAAAAAAAAAUUAUAGUUCCACAAAACCCAUUUGAAAAGAAAGAUAAAAUAAUAGAAAUGAAAGGAAAAAUAAUUUACGUAAGAUCUGAGGUUGGAAAGAGGUAGGAAGGUGCGUGGUUGAAUAUUUAAGGGUUAAAAAUCUAACAUAUCGAACUACUAUAGUAUAUAGCUGCCAUACAAAUCGAGCAAAUAAGUGCUGGCAUAGAAAACUCUUUCAUUUGACGAGAUAUCUUCACGAAAUUUGACAUGGGUUAUUGUCUAUGGCAAUAAUGCGAUUUCUGAGAAAUUCUUCAUAUCGGAUAACCUAGCGUAAAGCUGCCAUAUAAACUGAACGGUCGGAGUCAAGUUCUUGAAAGCAAGCCUUUGUGUUUGUGUGGGGUAUUAUAGCUUCGGUGCAACCGAACCUUAAAAAUUCCACCAAGCCCUUUUCCUUCCUCUUCACGUCUUAGUUCAACUGUAAGUUAGAUUUUCUUUAAUUUUUGUUAAUUAAUUUUUAUUUUUGAAGGGGUUUCAUUUUAUUUUUUUACAUUUUAUUCAAUUUCAAAGGCUUUUGCACUGGUCCAUUAAUACCUUUUAAGUUACUAACUUAUUUCUAACAAGUAGUAAAAUACUGAUAGUAUUUAUAUUACCACAGUAAUUAUAACAUUUGCUUGUUUAAAAUAAUAGGGUUUUAUUCCAAAUUGCCUAUCGGUAUUCAUAUUUGUAUGUUCAACCAUAUUUACUAGUAUUUUCUUUGAAAGUUUGAGGUUUGAAUUUUCGAAUGUGUCUGCAAUAGAAUCGUAAACAUUUGUGUUAUAAAAGCACAAUGAAGUAUUCAACAAAGUAAAAUAAAGCAUCCAAAUUACUCUUUAAAGGGCGUAUUUCGAAAUGUAUGUAGUGCAUUAACAAUUUUCGUUUUACAAUAUUGUAUGUAUGUAUUUUUUAUAUGUAUAUUCUUAAUGCUGCCGCAAUAUACACGCUUUUUUUGAUUCAACAUAUGAAUUACAGUCUUGCUCAAAAGUUUGAGUUCUGAGUAAAAUACACAUAUAAUAUGUAUUCGUACAUUUAAUAGUUUAAGAUGAAUAAAAUUCGCAAACACAUGCAUAUAUACAUGUAUAUAACA